ACCCUUUUCUCCCCCACCCCUACCCCACCUUCACCUUUUCAGUCUGCAAGAAGGGGGUGGUAGGUGUUGUUGAAUGGAACGAAUGUUGACCUGUGUUCUUUCUCUCCGAAGUCAGCAACUUUUGUAUUCCGAGCGUCGCCCUCUUCUUGAGUUUUCUUGCAUGCUCAGGAAUUUUGCUGCAGUACAUUAGACGCCCUCCUUGAUAACGGCGCAUGUGUUAUAAAGGACUUACUAUCAAAAAAUGUCGUCAGAGCCUGUCAUUCUCAAUGUCUACGACAUGUACUGGACCAAUGAAUACACAACCCCUAUUGGAUUAGGUGUCUUUCAUUCUGGUAUUCAAAUAUAUGGCAUGGAGUAUGCAUAUGGAGGCCAUCCCUAUGCUUUUUCGGGAGUUUUUGCAAUUGCACCUCGGGAUGCUGAGGAACUAGGGGAACAGUUUCAGUUCAGGCAAUCAGUUCAUGUUGGAUACACAGAUUUCACUGAAAAAGAAGUAAAAAAAAUUAUCCAAGAACUUGGUAAAGAUUUUCGCGGUGACCGUUAUCACCUAAUGAACAAAAACUGCAAUCAUUUUUCAGGAGCACUUAGUCAGAUACUUUGCGGUCGUGAGAUACCCUCAUGGGUUAAUAGGUUGGCAUAUUUUAGUUCUUGUGUUCCAUUCCUUCAACGCUGUUUGCCGAGAGAAUGGCUGACUCCAGCUGCAUUCCAAUCUUUUAGCACACCCAGUGCUCUUCAACACACUCUCAGUACACAACAUGACAAUGGCUCUGACGGUCCCUCAUCAUAACAUGAGGCUGCUGGAACGGAACAUGAGUUAAAUCUGCCUUAUGAUGAUGAUACUCAAUCCGUUUCCCAGCUUCCGUUAUUGUACACACAUGACCCGCCACCAUGCUUGUGGCUGAGCAGCCCCAAAGAAACUGUGCCGUCCAGUACUCAUGUCACUGACGACAAUUAGGUUUUACUCUUGCCAUAUGUGGUUUACAUGUCUAUGUAAAUGGGGUGUGUGUACCUAAUAUUUUCUGUGUUAUUGCAAAGACAUUAUAAUAAGUGUGCAUGAGAGAGUGCUUCCCAUGAAAAAAAAAGGAAAGCUCUUCAAAAAUUUGAAUUUUUCAAUCAAAACUUUUCUGCUAAACAUCAGCUUUAAAUAGAUUUUUGUAAAGUCUGUUGUCUCAUUUUUAUUCUAUCAUCCUGUUUCUGUUUCAUAUUUUAAUAAAAGCCUGAGUGGAAUAUCAGAGCCAGAAAUUUUGUAUCUUAACAUGCAUUCUGUACAGUGUACCUAUUUCUUUUUAUACAGUGUGGAAGUACUAUACUAACCAUUAUACGGUAUUUAUUACCCAUCAGGACAGGUAUUCUGACAAAAGUAAUUUCUUGUUAUCUUGUUGUAAGCAUUCAUGCACCUUGGUGCAUUUAAUUUUAAGGAACAGAUCCCUUUUUUUUAAUACAGUCUAUCAUUUUUUGUUUGCAAUAAUGUCAUUGGGUUUAUAAAAUUCCCUUUCAAAGGUUCAUUUGUAUCCUCCAUGUAUUUCAACAUUCCCAGACCUAGUUUUCUAGUCUCAAGCCUUGUAAUGUUUUCCAUCUACUCUGAAAACGUCUGCCACAAUAACUUUAUCUAAAUUGACCCACUAAAGCAGAUGGCAAAAGAAGUUAUUUUUUUUCUUCUGUUAGUCAUGUCAUGUGUUAGUACAGUGCAAAGUUUUCAUUUUGCCAUGAACAUGUGACCAACCAUAAUGGUUAACAGCUUUAGUUGAAUAGCUAUAUGAAGGUCAUAUGAUUUGAACUGGGUAUGGAAGUGUACUUGUCAAAUCAUUUAGGGUCAACAAUCAAACUGAGCUUGUCUAGAGUUAGUAAACUUUGAUGCGUGUCUAAAAUCACACAAUUGCCAUGGUAGCUGUAGGUGCUCGUAUCUGUCAAAUACCAUAAUUUGUAUUUAGCUGAUCAAUUUUGAUAAUAGUGGAAGCCAUUAAUAUGUAUUUGUAUAAUCUUGCAUACUACAAGAACUGAUAUUUUGUUUGUUGUUUUUUUUUUAUAUUUUACCAUUGGCAUGGUUUUAUUUUAUGGUGAUAAUUCUUAAUGACUUUACAGUUAUUAGUAUUUUAAACACAGUUUGGUGAUUUGUUAUGGUGCUUGCAAUUGCUUUUUGUUAUUUUGUCCAUCUCUAUAGGACAUUACGGUUCCUUUGGACAGGUAAUUGCAUUGUUUGUUCUUUUAAAAUCAGUUGUAUGUGACCUUAUUAACUCCAGUGUUAAUUUGGUCUUUUUCCUUUUCUAUAAAUAAAUUAUGUUCAGAUUCCUAA